UUUCACUGGAGUUCUUAAGUGAGGCAAUGCAGGGGAAUCAUUCUGACAAGAGAACUGACACUUACCAUAUAGUGCAAACAAUGGCAUCAACAUCCAGUAGGAUAGGUUCUUUUGCUGCAACUGCAGCAAAGGAUUUUGACAUUCACCUGUUGCCUUGGGCAUCUGUUGCUGCAUGUGUUUCAGAUGAUUCAUCUAAUGAUAAUGUUUCUAAAGUGGGCCAGGCAUUCUGUUUCCUCCCUUUACCUGUCAAAACUGGAUUAAAUGUGCAAAUUAAUGGAUACUUUGAGGUGUCGUCUAAUCGUCGUGGGAUUUGGUAUGGAGCUGACAUGGACAGGUCUGGGAGAAUACGUUCGGUCUGGAAUAGGCUUCUCUUAGAGGAUGUUAUAGCUCCUACUUUUUCUUAUUUAUGCUUGGUGUGCAGCACUUACUUGGGCCAACAAACUCGUAUUACUCAUUGUGGCCAACUGGUUCUUUCCAAGAGCCAUGGAAUAUUUUAGUUGAGUGCAUUUAUAGAAGUAUCAGUGACUCUCCCGUGAUGUACUCAGAGGUUCAAGGAGGGACAUGGAUUUCACCAGCUGGAGCUUUUCUUCAUGAUGUGGAAUUUUCAAGUAAAAGUAAGCAAAUCAGUGAGGCUCUUGUACAGCUAGGAAUGCCUGUGGUUCAGUUGCCAAAUAGCCUAUUCAAUAUGUUCUUAAAUUCUGCUUCUGGCG